AUGGAGGGGACGGCCGUGGCCAUCAGCGAGAUUCUGAGAUAUUUAAUAAUUCACUGGAAAUGUGAAACAGCAGGAGUAUCAAAGAAAGCAUUGCUAGAAGGACAGCUAGUGAUUUCCACAGAAGCAUUCACUUCAAAGCACCAUGCAAAUGUUCUUCAUUGCGUAACAACUAUUACUUCUGGAAGGAGUAAUUAUGAUGGCUUGGGCAACAAGAAGUUCGUGAAAGAAGUACAGUCCAUCCUGUCAAGAUUGUCUGCAAAGCUGACAUGGAGCUAUAAAGAUGCCAGCGGUUCUCCAGACACUUCUGGAUCAUCCUUCCAGAUGAUGUUUGAGGUUGAUGAAAAGCCCAGAACUUUGAGGACAGAUGGUCUGGCUGUAAAGAAUUUUCUACGCAGAAUCAUCGUGGUACACCCGAAGAUCACGUUUCAUUUCAGUGUGAAGGUGAAUGGCGCCCUGGCCAAGGAGACCAUCAGGGCAGAGAAUGAGCCUAUUUUCAACCUACCCAAUGGAAUUGCUCUCAUCAUCAAUGAGCCACGUUACGUGAGACCGACAUUUGGUGCAACUGAAUUCCUCUGCAGCAGAAUUCACCCUGUGCCAGGACAACCGGUCACACUUUCCAUCCCUGAUGACGUGGCUGGCAUGGGCUUGUUGGGCGAGCUGAUACUGAUGCCAGUGGCUGCUCUGUGUUCCUGCCUGGAGGCCUCUUCCAACCAGAUGGACAGGAUUUCUUCAGUUUCCAUGUUUCUCUAUGGACCUUCAGGUCUGCCUUUGCUACUGCCAGGUCAGAGGCAACCAACUACUGUCUUCACAGAUCCCUCCUGUUUCAUCGACUGGAAGAAAUACGACUGGUGUGUGACACCCCAUUUGGAUUUCAAUUUGGAUGGAGAUCUGGUGCUUCCCGACAUGCGUUGUCAGGCCAAGUCCUGUGAGGGGCGUCUGUCUCAGGAUGUGGCCCCACAGGGACAGACUCUGCUGCUUUUCAUCUUCGUGGAUUUCCACAGUGGGUUUCCAGCCCAGCAGAUGGAACUCUGGGGUGCCCACACUCUGCUAGCAAGCCACCUCAAUGCUAUCCUCCUGGAGAACCAGCGAGGGAUCCGAGGCUCUGUGCAGAUGGCCGUGGACCAAGCCCUGGAACAGCAGCAGCAUGCUGCCAAGGCUCGUCAGAAACUGCAGGCCUCCCACACCGUGGCUGUGGACUCCAUCCUGAGUGUCGUGAGUGGAAGCACUAGCAGCAGCUUCCGGAGGGGGUGUCUCCAGGCCCUUCAGGCCGCUGAUACACAAGAGUUUGGGACCAAACUGCACAACGCAUUUAAAGAGAUCACCCAGCACCGAUUUCCUUACCACUGCUCCUGUGAGAUAAGGCAGCAGCUGCCCUCUGAGAAAACGGCCAGGAGCCACAUGGAGGCACGUAGAAGCCACAGCCCGGAGCACCUGUCAGAGACCACCGAGCGGGCGAACAGCAAGAGACGCAAAGGCGGCGUGGAGGAGACGCGAGCCUACAGCUCCACGCCGUCCGCCCCGGGCUCCAGCGACAGGGCGGCCCGGGAGCAGCAGGGGAGGGUCCGGGCGCCUAGCAGCGCCGGCCCCGGGAGCGGCCUGGAGGUAGCGGAGGAAGGCGGGCGGGGGAUGGGCCUGGCCUGCUCCUACGUGGGCAGCCUCUACGUCUGGAAGAGCGAGCUGCCCAGGGACCACCCCGCCGUCAUCAAGCGGCGCUUCACUAGUGUCCUGGUGGUGUCCAGCCUGUCGCCCCUCUGCGUGCUACUCUGGAGGGAGCUCACAGGCAUCCAGGUGCGGGGGGCGGGGCAGAGGCAGGGGAGGGCGGCACACAGGGAGCAAAACUGA